AUGACACAAGGCCCUCCGUCUUCAGAAGCGAGCUCAUCGAAAUCGCCUGCACAAUUUGCACCGCUGAACCAACCGCCUCCGGUUCCAAGGCCCUCUAACACUUACGCGCCUCCUCCUCCACCUCCUGUUCCUCAGGCGGAUGUAUUUACAGAUGCACAGAAGAACCUAUUUCGCUCUUAUGUCGGGCCUGUGUCUACAUCCACGGCUGCUGGAGUUCUGCCUCCGUCGAGGAGCCCAGUGUUACCCAUGACCAACUCGAACCCGUACGCUCCUAUGCUGCAGACUACAUAUAAUCCGGGCCCGCAAAGAGCUUUUUCCAACUCUAUGCCCUUCCCAGCGCGUCCGGCUACAGCUAAAACGCCGCAGCCCCAACCUCAGAAGCAUGUGGAAGCGCAAGCGCAACCUUCUUCAGUUACAUCCCAAGCGCCUAAACCUCUGGAUCCUAAAACAUAUAAAAAUUGGGAUCAGGUCGUCAGAGAGUUCCUACUGAAAACCAAGAUGACGGAGGCGUUGAAGGGUUUUGAGAAUGAUAUGCUGGUUCUCAAUCCUGAUUGGGAGCGGACAGUAAUGGCGGAGGCGUUGAAGGAGAUGGUGGACGGUUUGCAGGCUGUACUCCUUCAGACCUCAGCUUCGUUCGAUCAGAAAGCUACUAACGACCGCGACCCUCCAGUGGAUAUCACCAGUACCGAAGACACUUCAUUAAACGAGCCCUUGCGUGCCCCACCUCAGAUCAACAAGUCCAUCUCCCAGUUCCUCGCACGCACGCGCGCGCGGAACGACGCAUCCAACCGUGCAGAAUUCCUUAAAACGCUUGCGGAGAAGCGGCGCGAGCAGAGGACCGCCGAAGCUGGGAGUGUCGCCAUCCCGUCGUGUGCGCGCGUCGAUGCGAAGCCGAUUGAUAGGGACAAGCAAAUCAAGUAUGAUAUCGCGAAGUAUGGGGAGGGGCCGUUGCUCAGCACGACCAAGAAUCUGAAUGAGUCGGUUGCGCCUGGCUCUGGUUCUUUGGCUGCCGGUGUUACAUCGUUGGCGAGCGUCGUGCCUCCUACCGGAGAUGUCGCACCCCUUGUGACGCAUUCCCAGAGAAAACGAAAGCUUGCUGUUGAAUCUGAAGGCGAAGAAUCACAAGCAAAAACGUCCAAAUCAAAAAUACGCAAAGGGAAGGAGAAGGAGAAGGAUAAAGAUAAAGAAGUGGUUCAACUAGCACCGCAAGACCUGGAUGAAGAUGGAGCUUCGGCGGCCACAUCUGAGAGGUAUCCAGGCUUGGACAAUCGCCUCAACAAUGUAGAAACCCAUCUCGCAUUACGAUACGUCCCGACUCCACCACGCACACUCAUGGCGCGGCUGAAAUUCAUUGAAGACCAUAUCAUCAAAUUGGAAAAGGAAUAUCCACCGUGGGCGGCUCUGCAUUUCAACCAACCUAAUCGUGGGUGGCCACCACCUCCGCGCGCUACACCCAUCAUCGUCCCUACACAUUUACGCACAUUCGCUAGCACCAGCGCGACACCAGCUGUUCCGCCAGCCACAACGGGCGCGUCAUAUUCAUCUCAUACCCCUCAGACCAAUGUAUCUAGCGCGCCGACGUCCAGUCCCUCAGGGUCGAAUAUCUUAGGAUCGGCAUCGGCAUCGGCGGCUACUUCUACCAAUGCGCCGGCUUCUGGAUCUGUGGGUCCAAAGCAGAGGAAGGCAACCUCCAGUCUGCAUAAAGCUGUUCUGGAGCGGUUGGAGGUGCAAAGGGCAAGGAGCGAAAUGGGAGGUGGAAAAGGUGGUCGCGAGUAG